AUGCGUGCAAAUUCACAGCUUCACUCUAAUCAAAAACCAAACACUACACCUCCAAUUGGCAAUCAUCUUCCACAUCAACAGGGCACACAACAGCCUAUUGGGAAUAUGGGAUCCACAUUUAAUUUCCCUGCAUUAGAGAACCCAAACAGCCAGCCAUCUGUUGGUGGUCCACUAUCUCAACCUGGCUUUGCUAAUAAUAUAUCGGUCCAAGGGGCGGGGCAGUCAUUCCGAGAUCAAUUUUCUGUUCCUGGAAUGUCUCAGGACUUCUUGGGUGAUGACUUCAAGAGCCAAGGAUCUCAUGUUCCUUAUAAUGUAACUGAUUUCUCUACACAGGCUUCUCAAAGUGGAUAUGCUGUUGACUAUGCAACACAAGGAGCACAAGGUGGAUUCCCAGGGAACUUUCUGAACCAAAAUUCUCAAGCUGGAUAUUCACGCUUUGGUUCUGGAAAUAACUUUAUGUCUCAGGACUACAUGGGCCAUGGAUCUCAGGGGCUUUCCACUCAGGUGGGGUUCAGUGAUCCCUUGCAAGAUGAUGCAACACAGAACCAUUUCAAUGUGGCUAAUUUUAAUCCACUUCAAUCACAGACGAAUUCUCUCUACUAG